AUGUCCUCGUGGUUGUACCUAGCUGUUAUGGCCUGUGCUUGCUUCGGCGCUAAAGCCGGUGACAAACCUUUAGUUACUAAGAAGGUAUUUUUUGAUAUUACAAUCGGUGGCGAGAAAGCUGGCAGAAUUGAGAUCGGAUUAUUUGGAAAGGAAGUGCCAAAGACUGCUGACAAUUUUUACCAACUUUCAACUCACGAGGUGAGUGAGCUUGCAAUAUCAGCAGGAUAAUUUAUAAUGUAGCGUGGUAAUCAUGUAAGUAGUCAUUCCUCAUGUUACCUUUAAUCUGAGGUAUACAGUGCUGUGUACACUCGCUUUUAUGCCACGUUUAAACAACUGGUUUAAAGUUUAAAGUCAAAUAAUUUAGACGAGCAGAAACAAUCCAUGGUAAUCAGCUGUUAUAAACCAGGCCUUUGUUGGCCUUGCUUUAUUCAAUUCCACGUGUACUAAUUGUUCUUGCACUUGUACCAAAUUUCUCCCAUUAAUUUAUUAGAUAAGUUAUGUACUCCAUUAUGAGGAAUAUUUUUUUUACAAAAGUCUAUAAGGCGUAAAUAAUAUAAAUUUAUCAUUUGACACAUUAUUUGUUAUGUUGACCCUUUAAUAGCGUAAAUGAUAACGUGCUGAUUUUUCUAUAAAAUCAGAUAUAAUCAAGAAUCUUACUCCUCCCCCCCCACCACCUUAAAAGCUCCAACAUCAUGCAUUACCUCCUGCACCACACUUCACACCCCUAACCACCUGAAUAGGCAACAAUUUAUCUUCAUCUUUUUCAAAUUGAUCAUUGUACAGUUGUAGUCUUUUUGUGUUGUUGCCAUCAGCUUUAAAGGCACUUACAUGACAGUGGCCAUUCUUGUGUCUCUAUGUAUGUACCGCGCAUAGCCACAAUCCUAUUGGCCAGCAUGAUGGAACUAUUUAUCUCUGGAUUUGGGCAGAAGAAUAGACCUUUUCUGAGUUCCAAAAACUCUCACUUUCAAAACAAGGUUAAGUGCAAAACCUUUCUUGUGAAAAUGAGUUAAGCAUGAGAGAAGAAAAUCUUUUUCAUUUCAAUGGUUUAAUCCUACUUACAGUGUAGCUAGCCUCGGUAUGAAACAGAGGCUUGGGGCAACCUAGAUUAAUGGCCUAUUGAGUCUCUGGAGAAGAGAAUGAAUAUGGAAUGACACAUGUUACCCUUGAAAGCCCCAUGUUUUGGCAUUGAGCUAUCAAUGCAGAGGUGACCUAUUUUUUGUUGCAUAUUUAAUGACAAUGCAGACAAAUGAACAAAAAGUGUCUUUCUUUUUUGGAAAUGUUUUAUCCCAGAAAUUUUAAAUGAUUAAGGAUUGGUAUAUUAUCAAGGUAAAAUUGACGUACAUAAAUAAAAUUGUGAGGUCUUUUAAGGGGGAAAUGCUGUCACUUUGUUGGUGAUUUCUGAGACUUACUGUCUUCUGGUAGGUUAGGAAAAAAUGUCGUUGUCGUAUCUUAGCUACAUGUAGGAUGAAAAUGUCCCUGUCGGAUCAGCAUAAAUUUUUGUGUUACUCAAUUUGGAAUUUACAGCAGAUAUAAUUCUUGGAAAGAAUCAAUUGUUAUCAAUGUUUCUCCCUCUUAGAGACCAUUCUUGAACAAUACAAACAUUAUUAGAAAACGUUCCAAGGAAAAUGCUCAGGAAUAAUAGAAGAGAAUUUGUUAUUCCGCUGUCAACUAAAACAGCCAAAAUGAAAAAGUUAACAGAUGUUGCUUUCACUACUUAAAAAGUGAACUGUCACUGUCACAAUUCUUUGCUCCUUUUAUGUCAAUGUCUGUUUUUAACUCGUGGGGAUGUGCGAACGUACCACGGGUUAUUGCAGGGACAGAGAUAUGCAAAUGAGUCACUUGCUCACUCGUAGUAGACGGACUUCGUAAUUAAUCAGGUCUGACUCGAGAGUGCGAAGAUCUAUCAUUUCUGAAGAAGCACGCGCUCUCCGAAGUUCAGUGGGAUCAAAUUCUUCGCUGAGAGCAUGCAUCAUUCAGCGUUCGCUGUUUAGACUCAGAGUUUUCUUUGUAGCAAAUUUUCUACAGCAUGGUUAGAGGUCUUACCAAAUUUAAGACAUGAAGGAGUCUUUCAAAUGAGUACGAUGGUUAACUUGGGGAUUGGAUUUCAAGAGCCUUUGACUCGUCCAGGCAUUAAACUUGACAAGAAAAUGAACAUUUGCUCUUCUGACUGAAGAUCACGGGGAAUAUCCAAAUUCCAGCUUGCUGGAAAGUGAUCAGAAAGUGAGAAAAUGUCAUGCAAUGCUAUUCUUAAGAACCUGUAUGAGCCGAAAAUGGAUGUGAUUUUGACCAUUGGCUUUAAAAUAACAGCAAAAAUGGAAAAAAGAAAACAUACAGUGUAUGUUUUGCGUCCUAUUUCGCAGACGAGGCGUAUCAGCUUUGUAAAGCAUGUUCUUUUAUUCAUUCAUUGCCAAUAUGAAAUGUGUUAACCGUUUACAUUGUUUUUAUACUGUCAAUAGCUCAGUUAAUGUGGCUUGAUCAUAUUAAGAGACCGUUCAUUUAUUAUAUCCAAGCGGGGGUGGACUGGGGUUUUGGGGUGGGGGGUACAAUUUUCUAAUAGGCCCAAUUUUGGGGGGUCAAUUUUGAAAAUGCACAAAAUGUGAGGGGGGUCGAAAUAUUAAGACACAGGGCUGGCCUUCUAUGUAAAAGUUGUCGAUUGUUGUUGAUUGAAGCAAAUCUACGUUUCCUUCAAAAGUAGACAAAAAAAAUUGCUUCAGCGUUUCUUUGUCAACAGCAAAAUGUUACCUGUAUAAAACUUGGCCCAGUAACCUAUAAGCAAUUUCUACUACCAGGAAUGUAGCAUGCAUGUACGCACAUAUGCCUAUGCAUACAGCUGAAACCUGGAAAAAAUAUAGAUAUUUUUUUAUUUCGUUAAGCAUUGUUAUCUUUAAAUUGGGAUAAAUAUUUCGCAUUAUAUUGGUGUUUUUGCGUUAGGAUUUCCUUUAUCCUUUUACUGAUUAAGGUAUCAUCCAGGGUAAAAAAUCAUCAUUUUUCUAAAUUUGCAAUUUUUAGACGAUUAAAUAGAGCUCAUCAAGAGCUUUCUUUUAAAAAAAAUUCCAGGAAAAAAUGUUUUUUCUGUGCAAACUUAUGGAGUGGAAAAGUUUUUUCUAUGCUAAUUAUUUUAAUUGAUUGUUGACAAGUCCUGUCAUACUUGAUACGCGUGCCGCUGUUGAACCAAGCUAAUCACGCAAUUUGACAGAAAUCGUGGUUUACAAGUAUAGUGCUCACUGUUUUUCCCUGGAGUUUGAAAGUGAAUGCCUCCAAAGAAGAAAAAAUAGCUUGCCCGUUUUCGUCCUCGACUCCAAGACAAAAGAAGACGACAAAAUCGUUUUGCCACCAAAGAGUGGGCUUUGAAAUUAGCAGAGAGCGAAAACAGCUCCCACUACAAUCAAGAAAGCUCCUGAAAAACCCAUUGAAACUACCGCGGAAUCGAGUUUCACGAGUUCGUUAGCGAGCGGGGUGAGCUUUUUAGCCCACAAAGCAGCCAAGCGAGAGGUGAAGUCACGAGAGGUCCCGCGCCAUAUAAAAAUCGGACGAAGUACUGUUUUGAAAGUCUAUUUAGUGGGAAAGAAGCUGCAAGAAAAACUCUAGGAAGCGGUUUGUUGUCGAUUUUUCCAGGGAAGUGUCGAACUUUUAAAAAAUGUAUCGAGUAAAAGUGGGCUUAGCUCGACUUGGGUUGUCCGUUGCGAAAAUGAAAACUGCCCCUGCAAAUUUUAAUGAAGCUUUCUCGACAACAGAAAGGAUCGAACAGAGCAGAGCCUUUGAAAUGAAUUGUUCAUCUGUUGUCGGGUUUCGUUUUCAACUUUUCCUGCUGUGUCACUAUUGUUGUCCCUUUGCUGGUAUGCAUCAACAUUGACAGCUUUGGUGUUAUAAUCUGUCAUAAUCUCAUCACGGGUAACACACCGCCAAAAAUCUUUUUCCACCAUUUUCUCGAAAUGAAAAUCAGGGCAAGUUGAGGGUACGUUUUAAACUCCAAGUCGGCAACCCCUGAACCAAUUUGGCUGAAAUUUGGCCCACUUACUGUCAGAUAGUUUUUCUAAAAAACCGUGUCUGCGAAUUUUGAUUUCUUUUUUUGUUUUCGAGUUAGAGUAUUUUUUUCACAGGUAGUGCUAAUGAUUUGCUAUCCCUAACUUCACCUGCUUAUAACAACAGAACAAACGCACUUGACAAAAAUCUGAGACACCGUUUUUUAGUCAAACGUGUUAAGAAGCGAAUGCGUUCUUAAUUGGCUUCUUCCGUUAAUUUUUGGCUGGACUGGACUUAAAUUUACAAUGACAUCCACUUUCACAAAAAGCUUCUAAUUUCUAAAUCGCGUUAAUAUUUUGAUUUUUUAAAAGAAAUAAGCAAUAAUCUGGAACUAUUAAGCUUUCAGAAAAUGUACGGUUUAUGGGGGUGUUUGUUAAAAGUGAAAGCGCUAGCGCCAAUCAACGCGAGGAGGGUACUUGAGGGUGGAUCCGAAUCGGAAGCCACAGACCUUGGUUGAGACUUUUGACCAAGCCAACUACUGGGGGUUGCCCCCUGCAGACUCCCCCAGGUUUGGGGCGCCCUUGGCGAGCUAACUUUAGGGUGCAUUUUAAAAAUUGUUAUUGCCAAGGGGGGAGGGGGGGGCGUACAAUUUUCAUAUGUAAUUACUUUUUUUGGGGGGGGGGGGUAAAGUUUUGAUACACCACAGUUUUUUUGUAUUAAUUGUACCAGAUGUAUUGUUUUUUAAGCAGGAAUUGAAGCAGCACUUCAACUUUCACUGUGAAAAUUAUUGAUUCUUUUUAUCACCUUUAAACAGAAAGGCUUUGGAUACAAGGGAAGCAAGUUUCACCGAGUCAUUAGUGAUUUUAUGAUCCAAGGUAAUUUUAUUCACUCACAGCAACUUGAGUUUAAUAACUUUACCUGUUUGUCAAGUAGAGUAUGUAUGAUGUCUGAAUGAUAAAUAUUUGUUUUCUUUCAUAGGUGGUGACUUCACUAAUGGAGAUGGCACUGGCGGUAUGGAAUUUUUUACACUCUGUUAACUGGAAAUUUAGAACCUAAAGGUUUUUUUAAGCGGGCAUUUAUAUCCUGCUUACAUUCAAGGGUGUCAUCAAAAGGGCAUGAUCUGCUUACAGUAAAUAUCAGCAGGCAUGGGUAUAUGGAAAAAAACCCUGAUGACAACUUCUGAUAUAGUGCCAGGUUAUCUCCUUCCAAAUUACCUUGUAUUUGCCUGAGAAAAGGAGAUUUAAAUUCUGCAUCAAAAGUCAGUUAUUCCACACUCGCACCUUGAAUCAUUUCUGUACACAGACUUAAGGUUCUGCAUGCAGGCAGUGCUCAUGCAGUGGUUGUCAUGGUCACUUAUCGAAUUACUUUGGCCUUUUAAUCGUGAGAUAUGGAAUUCAGUCAGCUUGUGUAUAGGCAGGUAACAAAACCUGAAUUGGCCUGCAGAUCAGAUUGUCAAAACAAUGGCUCAGAUCGGAUCAAACUGAAAACAUCUGGAUUGGAUCAGAUUGAUCUAAUUGGCACUUAUAAAGAGAAUGCUGCAACAUGAAACUAGCAUUUUCCUGAUCACUGUUUUCAUCUGAAUGAAAAGUUCAAAGUAGACCAUAGAGUUACAUUUUAAAUCAUAAUUUCUGUGUUUUGUUUUGCUUAUGUUUGAGUUAGAUCCAAGAUAGUUUGUAAUAUCCAGCAUAGCUGGCAGGAUUAUUAUGCCUGCAGGGAUACUUUCUUGGUGUGGAGCUGCCACGUGAACAAGUUAUGAAGCCUUAAGCUCAUAGUAUUUUUGAAAGCUGCUGUGAAUUAAUACAGUGAAACCUGCAUUAGGCGGACACUGUAUUAAGCGGACACCCUCUAUUAAGCGGACACUAGCCGAAGUCCCCAAAAUAAUUUAUUUCCCUUAUUUACUUUAAAUGAAACCCCCUAUUAAGCGGACGCGGGCACCUAAAAAGUACCUGAAAUGGUCAUUUCUAUUGUUGCUAACCUGUAUUAAACGGACACUUGUAAUUUAAUUCCACCACCCAACACGCUAGACACCGGAAAUGGGAAAGAUUGCCUCGAAUUGCCACCCACAAAUUUUUCGAUUUCACAGUAAAAAACAUGACUUGGCGAGCUUAUUUGAUUACUUUCACAAUACAGUAUUGUUUUCUAUUUCGUUUUGUUUGUAUAGAGCUUGUUUCACUCGUCUGAUUUCUUCAAAUUUGAGUUGCACUCUUUGUUUAUGGUACUAUGAUCAAUUGGUCCACUUUGAUAAAGAAAUUAAUGCAAAACGUACAUCGUCACAGUCUCUGGGAGUAUUUUAAACAUUUCCAUUGUUCGUUUGAAUGGCAUUUGACACCUCAUAUGACGUUAUCUAUCGAAACCUGUAUUAGGUGGACACCCUGUAUUAAACAGACACUACAGCAUUCUCCGAGGGUGUCCGCUUAAUACAGGUUUCACUGUACCUGUUUUCAAUAAUAAUAGUUCAAUAAUAAUGAUAACAUUGAAAAACAUUGUCAAAGAAAAGGGGCAAUGUUUAUAAGUAAAUAAAACAGAAUUUUUCACAUCUUGGAUUUAAAUUACACGUUGCGCCUAAAAAUAUAACCUAGCUUGGUCUUCUUUCAUCAUCAUCAUCAUCCUUUGGCUGCAGGGCCAAGCGCGGCCUUUGCAUGUGUGCUGAACAAGAAUGCUGUAUCAUGAGACAGACUAGAAACAAUAGAAAACUCCCAAAGCACAAACUCAGCCAAAACGCUAAAAAUCUUCAAUGUUUACUCAAGUUUGGGCUCAUAGAAGAUAAUGUCACAGUUUUUUAAUGAUUAUGAAAUUCAGAAUCCGGGUAGUUAGUUAAUCAAUUGUGGCCUUGAAAAAAUUUGAAGGAAAAAAAGCUACGAAUUUUUAAGAUAAUGCUUUUUUUGUGAGACGGACUCUUAAACGCUGACAAACGUCAACAAAUAGCUAAAACUAUAAUUUGUAUAUGUUUGCAUUGCUCGAAAUCGUGUGCAUUUUACGAGGCCCUGAAGCUUUUUGCUGACUUGCAAGGACCCAUCUGGUUAUAAAGAUCCCUAAAAUAAAGGGAUAAAUCUCAUAGUUUAUUAGAUAUAAUCAUGUAAAGUUUGCUUAUCAUUUAUGCAUAAAUUAUAUGACNGUCACAGUCUCUGGGAGUAUUUUAAACAUUUCCAUUGUUCGUUUGAAUGGCAUUUGACACCUCAUAUGACGUUAUCUAUCGAAACCUGUAUUAGGUGGACACCCUGUAUUAAACAGACACUACAGCAUUCUCCGAGGGUGUCCGCUUAAUACAGGUUUCACUGUACCUGUUUUCAAUAAUAAUAGUUCAAUAAUAAUGAUAACAUUGAAAAACAUUGUCAAAGAAAAGGGGCAAUGUUUAUAAGUAAAUAAAACAGAAUUUUUCACAUCUUGGAUUUAAAUUACACGUUGCGCCUAAAAAUAUAACCUAGCUUGGUCUUCUUUCAUCAUCAUCAUCAUCCUUUGGCUGCAGGGCCAAGCGCGGCCUUUGCAUGUGUGCUGAACAAGAAUGCUGUAUCAUGAGACAGACUAGAAACAAUAGAAAACUCCCAAAGCACAAACUCAGCCAAAACGCUAAAAAUCUUCAAUGUUUACUCAAGUUUGGGCUCAUAGAAGAUAAUGUCACAGUUUUUUAAUGAUUAUGAAAUUCAGAAUCCGGGUAGUUAGUUAAUCAAUUGUGGCCUUGAAAAAAUUUGAAGGAAAAAAAGCUACGAAUUUUUAAGAUAAUGCUUUUUUUGUGAGACGGACUCUUAAACGCUGACAAACGUCAACAAAUAGCUAAAACUAUAAUUUGUAUAUGUUUGCAUUGCUCGAAAUCGUGUGCAUUUUACGAGGCCCUGAAGCUUUUUGCUGACUUGCAAGGACCCAUCUGGUUAUAAAGAUCCCUAAAAUAAAGGGAUAAAUCUCAUAGUUUAUUAGAUAUAAUCAUGUAAAGUUUGCUUAUCAUUUAUGCAUAAAUUAUAUGACCUAAAUUUGGAAACUGCUGAAUUUCUCGCAUUGGGUCUUUGUGAUUUUGGUGGAACUCUGGUCAACGCAAGGCACUAAUAAGCACUAUAUGUAGCCAAGAAAUUUUCACGAAAAAAUGCUGGGAACAGCAGAAUUUCGACUCAGACCUCAAAGAGACGUGGCACUAUAACCAUGUGACAUUUACUCCGAUCGCCAAAAAUUUUAUGCUGUAUUGUAGAUUGAUCUAUAUGUUAUCCAAUGCUAUAUGUUAGACUUAUGAUCAAAGUAAAGGUGGGUAUACCAGAGAGCUUCAAAGUAGGAUGGUACCCUCACAAAAUAACUGGGUCGAGUCACCUUAUUAAGUAGAUUAAUCCAAUGCAAUCCAGCUAUUCUUAGACUAAUGGAAUCCAAUGGGAUCUACGUUUUUAGUACAGUCCAAUCCAAUUCCUAAAUCCAGUCAAAGGAAAGUUUUGUCAACAGCCCCUCUGAUUUUCAAAAUUUGUCUAGCUUCUGUUUCUUUGUGAGAGCAUAUGCUGUUAUGAGGUUCUAAGACAUUGUUUUUGCUCCUUUGGAGUCAGCUACGUGCUAACGAUUUAGUACACAUACCAAGAUUAAUUAUUGGCUCUUUUGCAGAAUAAAGAAACACAUUACCAUCUUCCUUUAUUAUAUCUACACGAAGUUAACACUUCAAUGUGUUACUUUCAAGAGCCUUAUAAAGUAUUUUAUUUAUUUCAUGACCUUCCACCAGGUUACGUACCAUAUCCUUUGGACUCCAUGCAGUGUUCUCCUUGACCAUUAAGGGCUUAGAGUAGAAUAUUUCUUGGGUUUACUAGUGUAAGGCUUGAGCUAUCACCUCCUUGAGGGGUCUUUGUUAAAAAAAAUAUAUUAUUGCAUAAUUAUUUAAUUCUGCUUUUUAAAGGUAAGAGCAUCUAUGGUGAUAGGUUUAACGAUGAGAACUUUAAACUUUCCCACUAUGGUGCUGGCUGGCUGAGUAUGGCUAAUGCUGGAAAAGAUACAAAUGGUUCACAGUUCUUUAUCACCACUGCUCAAACAUCUUGGCUUGAUGGUAGACAUGUUGUAUUUGGGAAAGUACUAAAAGGAAUGGUAUGUAUUGCUGUGUUUGAAUAACAAGCAUAGACCAUAGAAUGGCACAGGGUAGAGUGCCUGCAAGCAUUCUACAAUCCUGGACAAAAGUCUUGGGACACUUCUGCAUUUCUGGGGCGUUUUCCAAUUCACGCAGGUCCAACCCCUGCCCUCACCCCCAAAACAAUGUUGGCCUCAUGUAUCCAGAAUUUUUUUUUGAGUUUCAACUUUGCUAGGCAGGGGGAGUGAGAACUGCAAGAAAAUUUUGAAAAGGAUGCACUGUUUUAUGAGGGAACCGAGGAAUGGGUUACUCUAGCAAGAGGGUUACCCUAACACUCGCAUAUUUCUCCUUUUUUUUGACACGACGUGUUUACAAGGCAGGUAGGGUUACCCUAGCGCUGGAUAACCCUACCUGAGUGCUAGGGUUACCCUAGCAAGGGGGUUACCGUACCUGCCCUGCAAACGCUCAGCUAGGGAUAACACGCCUACUUGGGUCAACUUUCUGCCGUCAUGCGUGACCAGUAAUCGUGCCAAUUUGAACGGUAUUAUCCAAUUUUUGAGCUUAAUUUUAAACAUCUGAAAAAUAAAAAAAGUUAUUUUCUGUCUACGAUGAUAAUAUUUUCCCAUUUUUGUGUGUUUUCUGUAGAGAACUUCAAGUUUUUUUCAAAUCUUGGACCGUUACAAAAAAUGUCACGCAUGACGAAACACGUCAGCAAAGCUGGUAAAGUUUACCUGGGUGAUGGAGUAACCCUACCUGUGAAUUUUGCUUGUAAACCAGAGCUAACUUGCUAAGGUAACCCUAGCACAAGGGUAACCCUCUCUCCUUGUAAACAGGCCCUUUGUCAGAAACAAAUUUCUUCGAUGUACAGAUUACCAAAUUUUGUUAUUCAUAGUGCUCCGCUAUGCGCUUCGCGAGCGCGAGAGCUCCCGCUACUACCACCACCACGACACUACCACUACAUGUACUAAACUACUAUUGAUACAUAUUAUAACAUAUUUUAUAACGUACUGAGGAUUCAUGGCAAUGCAAAUAUUUGUUAGUAGAAAUUGCCAAACUUUAAUUUUUAGCUUUUCUUUAUAUUAUUGAAGGAUAUAUACAGCAACAAUAUUUUUCUAGGGGUUGGGGGGGGGGGGGGUGCGAAAAAUUUUUGCAUUUUCCGAUGCUGACUCUUGAAGGGUCAUUGUGGUGCACAAAAAUAAAUGGAUAAAAAAACUCCUAUAGAACCUUCAAAUCUUUCUAAAAUUGUCUUUUUAAAGUUUUUUUUAUUAGGGGAGUUUCCACACGGAUCUUUUCUGCCAGAGAGUGUUUUUGCGCUCUGACAAGUAUGUUUAAAUCAUAUAUUAUUAUGUAUAGAGUGUAUUUAAUGUAAUAUUUAUUUUUUUAAAUAGAAUUGUUUUCUUUUUUUUUUUUUUUUUUUUUUUUUUUUAGAAGAAAAAAAAUAAUAUGAUUUUUUUGUGGGGGGGGGGGGGGGGGGGGGGGGGGGGGUCUGAAAUACUGGUCACUUUCCACAGGUCACUGAUUACAGGUCACUAUGCUACAGAUAAAUAAAUAGCGCCAAAAGCUUCCACUUAACCCUAUAAUACUUUUACAAAAUUGUCUUUUAAGGUGAUGUUACACGGGGCGAUUCGCAACGACGAUUUUUAGCGCAACACAGCGUUGCAGUGCUGGAACAAUGUUGUAACCUUUUGAAACAAUGUCGCAACAAUGUUGUGCUAAAAAUCGUCAUUGCGAAUCGUCCCAUGUAACGUCACCUUUAGACCAAGGGGAUUCUUCGUGGCUUAAUAUUUAUCGAUGGAGCAGUGACGCGUACACUUGAGCUAUGGAAUGUAACCUUUAGUUUAGGGUUUUAAAAGACAGUAAACCAAAACUUCCCAGUUAUAAUCUCUAUGCUCUACUGGCAAUGUCUGGGCAAUGUUCACACAUUUUUAUCUUUUGGUUAUGUUUAGGAUGUUGUCAGAAAGAUAGAAAAAACGAAAACUGACGGUCGUGAUAAACCAACCAAAGAUGUCACAAUAGAGGACUGUGGAUCUCUUCCAGUUGAUAAACCUUUCGAAGUGGAAAAAGAACCCGUCCAAGAAUAACAUUCAUGACUUGAUUUGUUUACUUCAUAUGCUAGUGUAUUUUAAAAUCCAUCUUAACCUGGAUAUAACAGAUUUCUACAUAGUAUGAAAUUUUUUUCAGAAAACUGGAAUAAAACAGUUAAGGUAAUAGUAUCGUUAGUCUUUUGGUGUAGUCCAACGUUCUUUCCUUCACCUCUUUCCUACAAACGCGUCUGAAAACUCUUUUUCAAAACGCUGUAAUUCUUUCUUAAUAAUGCCUGAAGCUUUUCUUUCUGGAGCCCUCCACAAAAGAGGAAAUACACGUAAUAUACCGUAAACUACCCCUUAUAAGCCCCCUCCCCCCACUGAUAAGUCGCCCCCAGUUAUAGGCCCAUCUACCUGCUAGACUGCUUGCAGUCCGCCUUUUCUCUUAAAAUCCGUCAAGUUAUUAUCUCAUCCAGCGCGAUUGCAAACCACGACGUUAUUCCCACAGAGACGAGAUUUUUUCUCGGGCUUACGCCCUCGUUUCUCGCGGCUCGCGGCUUGCUUAGGUUUCGUGUGCAGUAACUUUGCAAAGAAAAAUAAGAGACUGCUCGCAGUCUAUCUACCUGCAAACAAAAAAUACAUCCCGUUACAAAUCCCUGGACAAAAGCCUCCCUCAAGCUUGUAUUGAAAUGAAUUCGAAUUUUUACGAUGUUUUGAUGCAGCUUAAAAAAAUGAGUCAAUUCAAAAAGUAUUUUGAUCAGCACUGCUUUGUAGCUUGUUUUGAAACGCUUUUUUAGUCCGCUUAUAACACCACCCCGGAUAUAAGUCCCCUUCAGUAUUUAUAAGCCCCCCCUAAAACCCCGGUUACGAAGUUGUACAAGCCCAGGGGUUUUAACCAGAAAUUUACGUUAGAAGUUUGAAGGUGAAAGAAUGGAAAACGCGCGUACUGGGAGUUUGGUCUUCAAGCAGUCCCCCAAAAGAUUGAAGAAUCCAAAUUUAACCUACACAAUUUUAAAUCACUAUGACUCUUAUUUGGUUGUCAUGGUAAGUACAGUCUCCUUUAGAGGUCAAUUAGAGAGCUUAAGCAACAGCGUUUUUGAGCGACAGUUAGCCUGCCUAGCAGGCGUCGAAAGAAGGGGUAGGGGAUAGGGAGGAAGGGAGAAAAGAGGGGGAUUUUACCCUCUUUUUUCGCUUUUCUCCCUCCCCCCCUGGUUCGGUCGACACUCUCGAGUAAACCGUCUUUAUAAGAGAAAAGAAACUUAGCAAUACAAAUUUGUUAGCGUCAAGGUAUAUAAAAACGGAGAAGGACUCACUUCCGGUUGACGUGGGUCGUUAAAAAACGUCUCUGCUUAAGCUCUCUAAUACUAGGGACCUUACGAUCCGACAACAGCGACGUCCAUGAAAACAUCGCUGAAAAAUAGACUUCACAUCCUUUUAAACGUUUUCGCGACUAUCCCAAUUCGCCCUGUUACUUAAAAGAAGGGAAUUUUGGUUGGAGCUGAAGAGAGGGGACCGCGCCCGAGUUUAGAAAGAGAUGGUAGAAUUUAUUGCCUUGCCGUUCUCGUACUCAAGUAAACUUAAAGGGCCUGUGUCACGGCAGUCCAGUUCAUUUUGUUUAAUUUUGCCAAUUACUCGCCCUCAAUCGCCAUGGAACUUAAAGGAAGCAUAGAAAUUACACUGGGAAAUGACAAAAUCAGAGAUUCGAGACAAACAAAUAUGUCUCCUGAGCCUUAUUUUUGAAGUUGCAAACAGCAGAGGUCAACAACUGUUUUCAAUCCGUUUCAAUCUUCUUCAGUUUUGCCCAUCCGUGUCAUCUGUUGUAUCUGUUGUGUUAUUUUAACCUCCCUUUAAUGCUUUAAGCGGUUAUUUUUACGUUUCUCUUAAUUUAACGGCCAUCUUGUAAUUGCCUAAUUUGGUAGCCUGAAUUUCAUCCAAUUACUUCGAGUCGUUAUUACUCCCUCAGUAACGACGUUGUUGAGAGGAGAAAACGACUCGAAGCAAUCGGAUGAAUAUCAGGCUAGUAAUUUGGCUGAAUUUCGUGACACAGCUCCCUCAAAAUGUGGUCAUUUCACGUCGUUGUUGUGCAGGAACAGCAAAGAAAUGUACAAAACAAGCGUGAUGCACUUGCAGAGUUGUUGUUAUGCUCAUUAAACCUAUUGUUUUGUUGACGUUCUCCUUGCCGUCGCCUUCGUAGUUUCGUAAGGGCCCUACUACUGAGCCACGCCCAGAUUGGUCUCGUUUAGGAGUUCAAAUCUUUGGGAGUUCGCCCGGGCAAUUCAAUUUUUUUCUUUCCGAGUUACAGCGUGAAAUAUUUUUUAUUUAGUUUUUGAUUUGUUCUCAACAAGAAAACUUGCAAAAGAAAAACAAAAAUAAAUAAAUAAACAAAAAAACAAAAACCUCCUCUAGUCUUUCCACCAAUAGUUUUCCCUUUUUUCCGAGGAAUUUAAUAGUUAUCAUGAUCAAUCCGUAUAAGUGGCGAGUACGCGAAAAUAAGAAUGAAACGACUGAUGACAUAGUGAGCACCAUUUAGCGAAUGGUAAUUUGCUUUUUCUGGAAAAAGAAAAUCAGUCUCAGUUGGCUCUNGCACUUGCAGAGUUGUUGUUAUGCUCAUUAAACCUAUUGUUUUGUUGACGUUCUCCUUGCCGUCGCCUUCGUAGUUUCGUAAGGGCCCUACUACUGAGCCACGCCCAGAUUGGUCUCGUUUAGGAGUUCAAAUCUUUGGGAGUUCGCCCGGGCAAUUCAAUUUUUUUCUUUCCGAGUUACAGCGUGAAAUAUUUUUUAUUUAGUUUUUGAUUUGUUCUCAACAAGAAAACUUGCAAAAGAAAAACAAAAAUAAAUAAAUAAACAAAAAAACAAAAACCUCCUCUAGUCUUUCCACCAAUAGUUUUCCCUUUUUUCCGAGGAAUUUAAUAGUUAUCAUGAUCAAUCCGUAUAAGUGGCGAGUACGCGAAAAUAAGAAUGAAACGACUGAUGACAUAGUGAGCACCAUUUAGCGAAUGGUAAUUUGCUUUUUCUGGAAAAAGAAAAUCAGUCUCAGUUGGCUCUAAAAGAUAUCAGUAGACAGAUAAGAUGUGCUCAAAGACGUGCACAGACCGUUUAAUUUCUUUUCUCAUUUUCCCGCCCCUACCCCUUCAAUACCUCUCCUGCAGUUAAACGUGCGAUUAGAUACCACUGAUUACCCUGCGUACCAGAGACUUUUCCUGCAGCCUGAGAUGUGUCCCAUGUGUUGAGGCAUCCCUCCGCACGCAAGGAAAAACAUCUGGUACUCAGAGAAGCGACUUCUUCCCCUUUCCUUUAAAAAAAAAAAGAGAAAAGAAAAACGCCAAAUCACAGGUUACUUUCAUACGCGCACACGAAGAUCUCUACAGAAGAUCUCUAAAAUGUUAAGUUUAGCAGGGCAUUUGAAGACUGUGAGUGUUGCGUUACAGCAGGCUGGUCAGAUGAAACAAUCCUCAAUUGAUAACACAGAGGGUUUAUUCAUUCCAGAUAUGUGUACGUGGCAGCGAAUAUGAGACCUACGCAUUCACUUCUGCACCAUCACUCUGGUUUUCGAAAAGCUUGCUAACUUGACGAUCAGUGUCUGGCUUUCAAAAUGGUUCUUCUCCUUCUUGCCACCAUCUACUACAUGAACGCUCUUUUCGUGCCGUUUGUUGUUAGCGCUGAUUCCGAUACACUGGUCACAAACAAGGUAUAUCUUGACAUCAGCAUUGGCGAGCAAGAAAAAGGAAGAAUUGUUAUUGGGUUGUUCGGGAAAACAGUUCCUCGAACCGUAGAAAACUUCAAGGCCCUUGCUUCCCACGAGGUACGUUUACUUCUUAAACUCAUAAUAACCGAUAGCCGGCGAAUACAAUCGCCUCUCAAGUUGCUUCUCGUCGCUGGGACGUUCUUGUCACGAGUUGCGAUCGCUGAGAGGCUGCUGCAUUCGUAGGUUAGGGAGCUGAACGAUCGAUUAGGUUAAAAUCUUCUCAAAAUCAUUCAAAAAGUAUGUGAAAUAUCCGGACUUUUGCCUUUUGUAGAAUGGAAAAGAGAAGUGAGGAUGAUUUACGAGCAGUCUUGAUUCUUCGACCUACCUCUCCUCUGUAUCUAAUAUCCUGCGAGCAGAGCCGGGUUUGUCUCUUGCAUGGCUUUUAGCGUUUACGAAAUUGUUCGCGUCGCUUGCCUGUCGCGUAGUUGGUUUAUUUACGCGACUGGCGACGCGAACGACUUCGUAAACGCUAAAAGCCCGGAGUAGUCAAUCGAUAAAAAUCGGUAGCAAUCAAGUGAUUUUUAUCGAUUGAUACCGAAAAUCGGUGAAAAUCGAUAAACUAAAUUGCUCUGUCAAAUGGAUAUUAUCGACUUUUCAUGAUUUUAUCGAUUUAUAACGGAAGUCCGCCAUUGUUGUUUUUUGGCAUGAGUUAGAUAGUACAGCUGAGAAAACACAUCCACGAAUAUCAACUUCGAGGAUCAACUGCUCAACAAACAUGAAAAUGAGACAUUUGGAAACUAUCACACACGCAAAUUUCUCUCUAAAACUCUUCGUUUGGUACAUAAUAACAAAAAUUCUUUUUUGGCGCGUUGGGAAUCAUUAUCAUUUGGAAAUACAGUCAUCUCCCGAUAACUCGAACAUUCCGAGUAGGAAAUUCGCAAAGAGUUCAAGUUAUCGGGAGUUAGAAGCAAAUAACCUAAAAUAAGGAAAUAAGCAUAUGGUUGGGGAAGGAAUGCAAGUAUCAUGCUAUGUACAUUUCACUUCAAGGGCAGCAAAAAACUUGAGUAUUAAAUAUUCAUGAUCAGGGCUGGACACUGCAUUUGAACAAGAUUGACAAAGAAGUACAGGCAAAGAAUACGCGGCAGUUUUGCAAUAAAUUCAGUGUCUCAUUGUCGACGUUUUUUUCGACUUGUUACGCUUUAAAACAUAGUUCGAGUUAUCGAGGGUAAAAUUAAAUAAAAAUCAUUUGUAGGGAAACAAAACUUACUUUGGCCGCGGGUUACCGGGAUGUUCGAGUUUUCGAGAGUUCGAGUAACCGAGUAUUCUAUGAAGGAAAUCCAGGGAAAAUUGAUUUUGGCUCGAGUUAGCGCGAGGUUUGAGUUAGCGAGAGUUCGAGUUCUCGGGACUCGACUGUAUAUUCCUAUUCUUAACGUGACUGCUCGCCACAUACACCAAAAAACCUACCUGAGUUCUCCCUACGCUAAUAAAAAAGAUUCAUGUCAAAUCUGUUGUUUUGGUUUUACUUUGUAGUACGGCUUUGGCUAUAGGGGCGCAAUUUUUCACCGAGUGAUCAAGGACUUCAUGAUACAAGGUUUGUUUUAUAAUUUGUGAGUAGUUGAUGUAUCGUCCAGAAGAAAGGAAAGUGUGAUUUUACAAGUUAACGGUUAGUUUAUUAUGGGGAUAUUCUUGUUUAGAGACAGAAGUUUGGGCAGUGAAACAGUCUCAGAAUUUGUCUCUCUACCCUCUCUAAGCUUUGCGUUUUUGAAAUAGCAAAAAACCUUUUAAAAAUAUAUCAAACACGCUCUUUUAUGCUUAACGUGAAAAGCACUACGUCUACAAAACCUCUCAAGAAAAGGCCCUGAUAAUACGCGAUAAUACAGACAGCCCCGUAGCCAAAAAAAAAAUGCUUAUCACGCUAUACAUUUAUUUCCAUACAGUCUUUGGCUUUAUGAUAAUAAUUAUCCAAAGAAUGCGGUAUUCUAUUCCCAUGGUUUCAAGAGCUAAGGAUUCCUUGGGAACAGGGGUGCCAGCCGCCUGCUCUAGUAUCCCAGGAAGACGGUAAUGUAGAAGCUCAUGGUGAAAAAUCAUCUGAUACCUACACCCUUGCACACAUAUACUGCUGAUAUAAAUUGAGACCAUUUGCUUAGGUUGUUACACUUGAUUUACUCAUGUUCGUGAUACCACGUUCACCAUGUAAAAUUGCACUUUUCUUACAAGCUACGUAGCUCUCCUGGUUUACUUGGAUAACCUCACAAAAUUGAUAAAAAACCAAGAAAUGUCGACUCAGAAACCAUGUGUAACAACAAAUAUGAACGAGUCACGUGACUAACCUCAAAAAAUCUUUUCCAGAUUAAUUUUUUGCGACCCUGUUGUGUUUUGAAAUAUCGCGGUUGCCACGGUAACCCAGGUAAGCCUUCUGGGAUAACCUUUUAAAAAGUUUUAAAAAUCUUUCUUGUUUCUCGGCUUGACUUUGCUUUAACUUGCAACGAAUUCCUAGGGAUUUGAUGCAGGAUUUGGUGAUAAUAUCGCUUUUAGGUCGAUUGAGGAGUUAAUCUCUUCUUGCUUCGUUUGCUUUUUGCCAUUGCAGGUGGAGAUUUCAGUGACAACGGUGAAGGAUCUGGAUGUAAGAUGAAUUUUUCUCUCCUACUUAUCUACCUAAUAUUAUCUUAUUUCAUCACUUAUUGGGGUUGUUUAACCUGCUAAUUUUGUUUCUUCAACCGGCUGUAUCUGUUGUGGGGCGGACAACAAAACUUUCACGAUAAAUUGGGGUGGGGAAGGUGGGGGGGGGGGGGGGGGGGGGGGGGCUUAGGAGGUUAAAUUGUAACGUCUUAGGUGAACCUUAUGGUGAUAUGUAAAACGGUGAAGAAGUAAGGCCGUCCCUUCCGAAAAUUUGGUAAAAAAAACAGUAUAUCCCAAACGGUAAAAUAAGUUUUUAUGUGUAAUUUUAUUAUUUUUUUCUACACUAUUUUGUUAUUAUAUUUUUGUUUUUUUGUGAUUUUUCAUCGGUUGUUAGCCUAUUCUAUUUUUUGUCCGCACCGUGGGGAUUCUUUUGGGGAAGAAAAAAAACAACAGGUAUGAAAGGGGGGGGGGGGGGGGGGGGGGGGGGGGGGGGGGGGGGGGGGCUUGAGACGUUAAAUUGUAACGUCUUAGGUUAACCUUAUCGUUGUAUGUAAGACCGUGAAGAAGGAAGGCCGUGCCUUCCGAAAUAUUGGUAACAAAAAAAGUAUAUUCCUAACAGUAAAAUCAGCUUUGCUUCUUUUGUUCGAUAUUGUCGGAAAAUGCACUAUUUAGCCACGUGCACUAUUCAGUUCGGACUGGUAAGCAUUUCAGAACUGCAUCUAAUCAGGGACGUAGCUAGAAUUUGCCAGAGGUGAGUUCAGUCUCCCAAAUCAACUAUCCCGUCUCUCAAAUCGUUUUUACACUGGUGACUUGAUUAAAUUUCCAGUCUUUAUCAAUAUGGUGAAUUAAUAAUCAAAUCUCUUAGUCUUGGGAGCCCGUUCUUCAAGUAGCAGUUGUAAAAUAAAGAGAAAACAUUUCCUUUUGAGUCUUUGAAAAUGGAAUUACAUGGGAAAACGCACCUUUUUUUUUAGCUAUCCCUUAUUUACCGUCUCCUCUUUCAUUGCUUUGUUUUUCAUUCCUUUUUUUUUUGACAUUUUUCCUUGUGUUAUGGCGUAAAGGUAGCUACGCCUCUACUAUUUGACAAAAAGUAAAUUUUUUCCACUCAACUUGACUUCAUUUUAAGUGUUUUAUUUUUUUACUUGCGUCUAAUACAAAAUUUGGACUUUUUUGGAAACAAUAACCGAUCCUUUUCUUUCUCUUUAUUUUGCCUGAUUGUUUCUUUGUUUUCGCCUACCCAGUCUUUCUAUUAUCCAUGGUGUUUCUGACUAUGUUUUAAGGGAAAUGUACCAGAGCUAGACGAAGACGUCUAAGUGUUUUUUUUUGUUCGUAAGUGUAACAGAAUUGGGUUACAACUGGGUUGGAAAUUUGUCAAGAUCUAUUCUUGGUCCUUCAUCAGUUUGUAGUCGAGACGAUCUAAAACGACGCCAUUCGGCAAGUAAAUAGUCAGCUACCAUCUUACAUUUCUUCUUCUGUGUGUUAUCAUUGUCAUCAUUAUAAGCAACGACUGUUCAGGUACGUUCUAAUACUGUAAUUAUCUCACUCCUUUGUUACAUUUUCAGCUAAAAGUAUUUAUGGAAAGUACUUUGAUGACGAAAAUUUCAUCCUGAAGCAUUAUGGGCCAGGUUGGGUGUGUAUGGCUAAUGCUGGAAAGGACACUAACGGUUCGCAGUUUUACAUCACAUUAGUCAGGACAAAAUGGUUGGAUGGAAAGCACACAUGUUUUGGCAAAGUUCUUGAAGGAAUGGUUAGUCAAAUAGGGUUUUGUGUUUUAUAUGAUAAAACAAUUGUUUUCGUGUCAUUUAGAAUUCCUUCAUUUAAAGGCACCGUUAGAAUUGCUUGGAAAAUAAAAGCAUUUUAGAAGAGUCCUCAGUAGCCUGUGAACAGGCUUCUUAAUAGGAAAAAUUGGCGGAGAUAUAAAGAGGGGAAAAGGGACGCAGAUCCUCUACCCCAUUCUCCCAGUUCUGCCCACGCCGUCUACUCGCGAUUUUCAGUCUUCUCCCAUCUAAACAGAGAGCCACUUCACUUAGGUUUUCGUUUUCAGUCUCAACGAUGGUCAUCGAAUUAUGCAUUAAAUAUUUACCACUAUUUGUUAUUUCGUACCCUGAGUAUUCUCUUUUUGAAAUCCCACAUUUUUUCCCUUGCUCAUUGCUCAGCAAUUGGCCAGAGUUCGACGCAACCUUCUUCGCGUUAACAGCGCAAGAAAACUUCUUUUAGCCAGGUUCACAGGCUAUCUUAGUGGCCAACAAAAAAAUCUCAAUUAUUUCGUAUAACUUUGAAUACCCCCGGGACAGAACAAGAAAUAUAUAUAAUAAUCAUCAUCGACGUUUAACUGAUACAAUCACAUGAAAGGAAAAUUAAUGAAAAUUAUUUAAUAUAUAUAAAAUUGUCUCGGCAGAAAAUCGUAAAAGAAAUCAGUGAAUUGGAGACGGAUCAAUCUGACCGACCUAAAAACCAAGUGAAGAUCACAGAUUCAGGCGUGGUAGAGGGCUUCAACUGGCCCUUUACAGUUCCAAAGAGUGGUGUUCUUGUUUAGUGCCACAAAACACGUGCUUUUUCAGUUGUUAUCGUUAUUGUUGUUUUUUGCGCUAUUUUCUUUGCCUAGGAAACAGCAUCUUAUGGCUAUCAUGGGGAGUACAUUAGAGUUCCCUUUAGUGAUAUAGUGUUAUUUACUGGUUUGAAAUUUCAAAGUAUAGAUGUAUCAUAUAGGCUUGCUUAGCUAGUGUAAUAUCACAUGAUUUGUUGCAUUGUGUAGUGGAAAAGUAUGGAAAGAUGUGACAACGUUUCUUAAUAAAGCAAAGGAAAACUGUUGCUGCGUUGUGGUUCUAGCCUGUGCUAGGCUCUCAGAUAGUAUAGUGGGGACGUAUUAAAACGAGCAAGCGAAAACAAGACGCACGCCACUUGGGAAAGGGGCGCGUUUUUCGCAGUUCUUUUUACUGAACGACUUUUCACCACUAUCUCGGAGCAUGGAACAGGCUAGUGUGGUUCAUACAGUUAAAUAAAUAUCGCAAUAAUUUACUGCACUGCUUUUACUGCAGCCGCACUUCCGUUUUCGCAACUCUAUAGCUUGUAGCAUACUCUCGGGACAGGGGUGGGGAGGGAAAAGAACACGAGCACUCGUUUUCUUCAUAUACCUACUCGCUCCAGAGGGCUUGUUCACAAAGUUAGCAACUCUAAACAUUUUUUGCAUGUGUAGUUCAUACGCUUGAGUUUGGGUCAAAAUCCUUUUAUGUGACAGUUUUUUACUAAAAAUAUGAAAAGAAAAGUUCCCUUGGGGAGUUCGUGUCGGCUUAACCGGGGAAGGAUUAGCUCAGUCUGUAGAGCGCUUGACUGCAGAGCGGGAGGUCGCGAUUUCGAUUCCCGGGGCCGGACCAUUACUCAGGGUCUUAAAAUAACUGAGCAAUGAAGGGUACUUCCUUCGCACAGCAAACAGCUAGACUUUCGCGAGGCUCAGAUGACCACGUAAAAUGGCGGUCCCGUCUCCAGAAGGAGACGUUUGGAGACGUAAAAAAAGUGUCCCCAAUUAGCACUUUCUUGCUUAAUAUAUUGACACUCCAACAAAGUGCAUUUAUUAUCAUUAUUAUUUUUAACGCAGGUUUUUCUGUAUCUGACAUUCACUGUUUACUGAAUUUUUUAACACUGAUCAUGGCUCGGCUUUGGCUUUUGACUCAGGCGGUGAUAAGUUUUAAUUUCGGGUGACUGAAGCGAGUCGCGACUCUCUGCGUGCGUUCCCCACACUCGCAUCUAAUCUUUUCUUGCUUCAAAACUCAAAAAUAAUAUCCAUUAAGCGCAGAAGUCUGGGGACGACUUAAAAGCUGGUAAUUGUUUAAAUGGAAAAAUACCUGCUCAUAACAAAGAUCCGUUGUUUCUCGUCAACUUAACCUUCCAAUGGCUAACGUGAUCUGUGACACGUGUUAUUAAAUCUUAAUAUCUUCUUUAUUUCCUUGUCUUGUAAAACUGCCUUACUUAGAGAAAAACAUUUUAAAUUUUUUAGUUAGGUUUUGAGACCAGAUCAUCGUGACCAUGAUUUUAAAGGUUUCGUUGUUUUGCCUGUUAAAUAUGGCGAUGUUGGUGAAAGCGGACCCAGACACGACUGUGACUCGGAAAGUUUUUUUCGACAUUGGCAUCGGAGGACAGCCCGCCGGUAGGAUUGUCCUCGGUUUAUUUGGCAACACGGUUCCCAAGACUGUCACAAACUUUGUAUCUUUAGCGGGAAACGAGGUGAGGUUAUUCCCUUCUGUCUCAUAAGUUACUUAGGAAAGGGAAUAUUCUUUCCUUGAAGUUCAUCAUGUUUGGAAAUUAGUCGUCACUUUGCAACGACAGUCUUUUACGAAACUUAGGAAAUUAAAUAACAAUGAAUGAAAACAUUGAGACAUAUUCGCUAAUUCCAUGUAUGUAAAUUACACAUGAAUUACAGGGAACUGGGCGGCAGAAAAACAAUUCAUUAGCUAUUCUGUUUGUCCUUCUCAGUUAUGGAUUUCCCGGAAUCAAACAAAAAAUGCGUUAUUUUAAAAUUUCAUUUCUUCCCUUUUAUCCAUUUUAAGCAACACGCCUCAGUCUCUUAUUUCGAAAGGUUUUUUUGACCAAUUCUACUUACUAAAUGUGAUUUUUCUAAAUCUGUUUUUUAGUAUGGCUACGGUUACAAAGGAAGUACUUUUCACAGAGUGGUAAAAAACUUCAUGAUUCAAGGUAUGUUGAAAUUUGGAUCUGAUUUGUAAGAAAAGCAGUCAUACUAAAUUAUGUAGUUAUUUUGAUGUUCAUUCGGGCUUAUGUGUUAAGCCCAAUCGCGGGUUUAAAUUCUAAAUAAAUACAUUUCAGUUAGCUCUAACCGAUCUUUGAGAAACUGCACUCAAGCGAUUUACAUGGAGUUUUCAUAUCUUUUGGGAGCCGCCUAAAAUGAUGUCACAUACUGAACGGAAAUACAAAAAAGCAAAGUCCGUUCACACUGAUUUCGUCGAAAUAAUUAAUGGUGAAGAAGGCAGAUUAUUAAAUUAGUUCCAAAAUGGUUCCUGGGUGAUGAUGUUUGGGUAUGAUGUGUUAAAAAAUUGACACUCUAAUACAUCUUUUGUCUUCGCUUAUUUAGCCGUCAAAUGCGAAUAUAACCGUAUUUGCAAGUAUUCAGAAAUCAUUGCGGAUUUUUUUUUCUUACUUUUAGGAGGAGAUUUUACCAAAGGAGAUGGUACAGGAGGUAGGUCUAUUCUACUUUUUACUGCCAGCUAGUUUUAAUGUCUGUCUCAAAAAAUGCAUUGUAACGUUUAUUACGAUGUUUUGUUCAUUCCAACGCCCUUGACCAUUUUCUGUUUCAUUAGGAUACCGAGUGGAAUUAGUACUCUGAGAUUACUGUCGAUAUUUUUCUAGGUUACAGUAUUUAUGGAACAAACUUUAAUGAUGAGAAUUUCGAUGUGAAGCACUUUGGUCCAGGCUGGUUAUGUAUGGCAAAUGCUGGCAAAAAUACUAAUGGAUCACAGUUCUACAUCACAACAAUCAAAACACCCUGGUUAGAUGGAGAACACGUGUGCUUUGGAAAAGUCUUGGAAGGAAUGGUAGGUGUUUGAAGAGAUUGCUGCUUGUUUUUAAGUCGAAACACUCUUAAAUGUACACACUGUAGACCAAGCGAAAGUGUCCAUCACGGGAAGUCAGAUAUUACUGCCCACUAGACGGAAUAUAAUGGCGCACUUCAUACCGCUUAAAGGGGCUUUACUUCAUGGUGAGAUCGGCAUUUUUUGGUCAAAGCUGAGCUCAAAAUAUACUCCUCAGCCAUCUUUCCCUCAUACUGGAAACUCUAAAUCAAAGGUAAAUGAUUAGAAAUGUAUUUACCGGGGGAACUAUACAACGAACGAACAAGCAAUUACUAACAGCCACGCGCUCAACUGAAAAUAUAGAAGUGUGACGUCCGUUACCAUGGGAGCAAAAUUUCUGGAUCUUAACAAUCUUUCUUGACAGAGACGGCCAUUUGCAUUGUCGAACCAUGGAAGAAAAGUAUGAGCUGCCAUUUUGUUCUUGUGAAAAACUGGGCACGGGAAAGUCCUACAGUGUCAAGUGUUUCGUUUUUUCUGCUAUAUUUGAAGGAUUUGAAAUUUUACCACCUUCGCAACGAGACGCAACGACUACCCCUCUCUAUUCCCAUAAUAAGCAAUUCUCUUACAUAUGUCACGUGAAAGUACGCGAUACACUGCAGUAUCAAAUGGUUUCAUCAGAGGGAAAAGAAGCAUGAUAAGGUUUGGCCAUUUUUCGACAACAAAGCUGCUUAACUUGAAAACGUUCGCCCAUUGUUUUUUCAAGUUUCAAUCCGUUUCCAUCCUAACCAUCAAAAGCCAAAAACAUACACUUACAGUGGUUAAAAAUGAACCAUUAAUAAAGGUUUUUCAAAAGUUAGAGUAUAUAAUGGAUCUCUCAUUAACUUUCUAUUUGUACUGAAGAUAUGUCACCGCCAUUAGGCUCGAUUUUCUGGAACAGCGGCUGGUAAUGGAGCCUGGCUAUCCCGGCAACGGAGUCAGUGAUAGUUCAGCCGCCAGCCGGGAGGUCCAGGGUUUGAUUCCUGCUUAGGGGUUUAGAUCUUUAUCCAAGUAUUACCUCAUAUCUACACUGUAUAUCACUUUUUUGGCACUGGGCUGGCAUGGAUGGUUCACCGAAGUAAUUUAAAAAGGCUUUGUGAGUCUAGUUGCUGUAUUUUAAUGCCCUCGAAAAUUAACUUUUUUCGUAUAUGUAGGAUGUAGUAAAAAAGAUUGAGAAUGUUAAGACGGAUGCAGUUAGCCACCCAGUUCAGAGAGUAGAGAUUACUCAAAGUGGAGCCAUGGAUGUGCCACAGCCAUUUGAAGUUACCAAGGAUGGAGUUACUGCAUAAAAACAUUGUUUUUUAUUGAAACUUCGCUUUUUAUAUAAUUGUUUUACUAUUAAAAUACUGUAAGCUCGACAUGUGUUACUUAAUUGAAUUGUGUAUGUGUGU